AUGGCUACACGUUUUUUAUAUAAUUAAUGAAAUGAUUUACAAAAUUUAAGGUUCAAACCUAUAUUCUUUUUCUAAUUUUUUUUUUUUCAAAAAAAGAGAUCAUAACAUUAAUAUAUAUGUGUGUCAAAAGUUUUUGUACACCAUGUGACAAUUAAUUAUUAGCAGCAUUUUUAUUAUUCUGUCCUGCAUUUUGGUCCCAGCUUGCCAAACUUGCAUAAAAAAAAGGUUGUCAAACUUGCAUCAUUUAUAUCUGAAAGAGGGAGAGAAAAAUUGCAAUAGGAGAGAUGGAUGAGGAGAUCAAGAAUUUGGUUAAGGUAUGGAUUCUGGCCAUCUCAUCUCUCUGCUAUUGCUACUACAUAUCUGCAAAAAUCCCUAGGGGUCUAGUGAGGCUCCUCUCCAUCCUCCCUGUUGUCUACCUCUUCAUCCUCCUCCCCUUCAGCUUCUCCUCCACCACUCUAUGCGGCACCACCGCCUUCUUUCUCGUAUGGCUCGGCAAUUUCAAGCUCCUCCUCUUCUCCUUUGAUCAAGGCCCUUUAUCCCCACCCCCAAGCAAACUUUUCCAUUUUAUUUCCAUUGCUUGCCUUCCAAUAAAAAUCAAGGAAGACCCACCUUCAAAAUCCCCUCAAGCACUUGCAACAAGAAUUAGAGUACCUGAGCCAAUUCUCUGUAGUGUAAAAAUAGUGGUUUUAGUUCUUAUUUACCAUCUGUAUAACUAUAAAAAAAUUUUACCUAAAAAUAUACUCUUAACUAUUUAUUGCGCCAAUCUUUAUCUUCAACUAGAACUUGUGUUAGCCCUGUGUGCGACCCCGGCCAGAGCCUUCUUAGGGUUUGAGCUCGAGCCACAAUUCAAUGAGCCUUACUUAACCACCUCCCUUCAAGACUUUUGGGGUCGCAGGUGGAAUCUCAUGGUCACUCGCAUUCUACACCCUACUGUAUAUGACCCAAUACGCCGUAUUUCUACUGGUAUAGUUGGACCGAGGUGGGCUGCUCUACCAGCUGUUGUCGCAACAUUUGCCGUGUCGGGUCUGAUGCACGAGGCAAUUUACUAUUACAUGGGACGUGCGCAUCCCACAUGGGAGGUGACUUGGUUCUUUGUCUUACAAGGAUUUUGUUUGGCUAUUGAGGUGGCGGUGAAGAAGACUGUGAGGGAGAGGUGGCAUCUCAGUCCAGUGGUUUCCGGGCCAGCAACGAUAGUGUUUGUGGCGGUCACCGGCUUUUGGUUGUUCUUUCCACAAAUUGUGAGGAAUGGUGUUGACGAGAAGCUUAUAAGGGAAGGCACAAUGCUUAUAGACUUUGUGAAGGGCAUUUUAACCAAGCUAUGCUUUGGAAUUUUGGACAUCUAAAUAGUAAAUCCCAUACAGGUGCUCUGUGUUGCUUCUCUCAAGACUCAAGGUAUCAAAGUUGAUUAGGUUAUUUUAAAAAUUUUAAAUUUAGAAAUAAAAAACUUGAAUUGUA